AUAUCUAUCCCCCCCUUCCUUCAUUUCUUGUUCAAUAAGCAGCCAACUUGAACAAAUAAAUCUGGUUAUCCUCGUAAUCUUCCAAUGGCCCCUGCUUUGUGUCUAACGCUUCUAAGUUCCCUCAGAACUACACCAGUAACAGAAUGCUUAGGUAUUGGUAUAGAAAGCCAUACAAAUUCAAAGCAUAUGAGAGCCAAUUCAGUUUUUCAAGGCCAUCCCACUGCUAAAUAUAGCUUUGUCAUUGCAAAGGCUGCAAAAGGCAACCAAAAUACAAAACCCAAUAGUGUGAUUUGUGCUGAUUGUGAUGGAAAUGGAGCUGUUCUUUGCUCUCAAUGCAAGGGUAGCGGGGUGAACUCUGUUGAUGUUUUCAAUGGACAGUUUAAAGCUGGUGACUCGUGUUGGCUUUGCGGGGGCAGGAAGGAGAUGUUAUGUGGGAAUUGCAAUGGAGCUGGCUUUAUCGGCGGCUUCUUGAGUACUCACGAUCAGUAGGUAUCCAAUGAUUAGCUGAAUUAACUUUGUACUUGUACGAUACACACAUGCAUUUAUUCUGAGGCUUCA